AUGAAGUUCACCAACUCUGUUGCCGUUACCCUCGCCACGGCGGGCUCGCUGGCGGCCGCCCAUGGCCACGGCCACGCUCACUUCCACAAGCGCGCUACCGAGACCGAGACUGUCGCCGUCCCCGGUCCCACCGUGUACGACUUCGUUGUUAUGGACCCCAGCGCCACUGGCUCCCCCGAGGAAAUCAGCCUGAGUGAAGCCUGUGCAGGUCUUGCUGAUCACAAGCUCGAGUGGCUCGAUGCCCCCAUUCCCGCUGCCUGCCCGACCAGCUCUAGCUCUAGCUCUAGCACCAGCUCCAGCUCCAGCUCCAGCACCAGCACUGUCACCCCUACCCCCACUGUUGCUGCCCAGGUCCUGCUUGAGACCUCCGCUGCCAUCAUCUCCAGCAGCUCGUCUUCCAGCUCCAGCACCAGCACCGUGGAGUCUAUCACCAGCUCGUCCUCCAGCUCCACCUACUCGGCCGCUGCGACCAGCUCAUCCAGCUCCAGCUCAUCCACUUCUGCCGGUCUCACCGCCGAAUUCCCCGAUGGAGAGCUCGACUGCUCCACUUUCCCCUCCGACUACGGUGCCGUUGCCCUGGACUACCUCGGCAUCGAUGGCUGGUCUGGUAUUCAGUACGUUACUCUGGUCGAUGAGCUUGUCAGCUCGAUUGUCACCGCUGUCAGCGGUGACUCCUGCACCAGCGGCUCCAUGUGCUCGUACGCCUGCCCUCCGGGUUACCAAAAGUCCCAGUGGCCCACUACCCAGGGCUCCACUGGCCAGUCCGUUGGUGGUCUUGAGUGCAAGGGCGGUAAGCUCUACCUCACCAACACCGACUACAAGCAGAUCUGUAUUGAGGGUACUGGCGGUGUUAACAUCCGUAACGAGCUGUCUGAGCAGGUCGCUGUUUGCCGUACUGACUACCCCGGUACCGAGUCUGAGACUGUUCCGCUGCUUGCUGCUGCCGGUGCCUCCCACCCCCUGACCUGCCCCAACGGUGAAACCUACUUCAAGUGGGAGGGCAAGACUACCUCCGCUCAGUACUACGUCAACAACAAGGGUGUCUCCGCCGAGAAGGGUUGCCAGUGGGGUGAUGGUUCGGAGCCCAUCGGUAACUGGGCCCCCAUGAACUUCGGUGUUGGUUACUCUGCCGGCUCCACCUGGCUCUCCAUGUUCAAGAAUGAGCCUACCACCGAUGCGGACCUUGACUUCAAGGUCAAGCUCAUUGGUGACGACCUCAGCGACAGCUGCCGCUACGACGGCGCCGGUAACUUCUACAACAAUGCCGGCAAGAUCACCAGCGGCAACGGCUGCACUGCCAGCUCCAGCUCUGGCAACGCUUACUUUGUCUUCUACGAUUAA